AGAGAAUAGAAGACCAAAAGCGUAAUUUUAAAUUAGACAGAGCCCCUACCAUAUAAUAUGGUUUUACCUUUUUACUAACCACAAUUCAUUUUCACCCAUCUGCAAAACCCUUGACGCCGUCUGCACUUUUAAAUUUUACCGCAACGUAAUGGAGGAGAUGGAGCUUUUCACCGGCCACCGCAAGGACUUGCCGCAACACGUGGCACCAUUCUCUGAUUCUCUAGAUUUAGCUGCCGUGAUUUGCUCGCCGGAGGAUCCACUGAUGUUGGGUCACCGUCCGAAUCUGCCGCUGCAGAAGCUGCGUCCAAUCAGGUACAACGGUACCUGCUCUCAGGCGGUAGAGGAUCCGGUGGAGUACGCUGAGGUAGUUGAGUUUCUUCACGAUCAGGCGUGCCAUGUUAAUGGAGAGUCCACCACCGACUACUUGGUGCCUCCGAUUAAAGCUGAGGCUGCUGAAUUGGGUGAUGUGGGCGGCGGAGGAGGAGGAAAUGGGCCUUGCUUUGACGAGGAGAAUCGGGACCUGGAUGUUCAGGAAGGGCUCUUGGAGGAGUUAUCAAGGUCAUCUUCAGACUGUGAUGAAAAUGAUUCAUUAGCAAGCAUUAAAGAACCAGCAAACCAUAAAAGAAAGCGAAAAGCAAGAAAAGUUGAACCUUUCUUGGAAAAUUUGGUUAUGACAGUGUUGGAGAGGCAAGAUGAGAUGCAUAAGCAGUUGAUACAGAUGCUUGAGAAUAUAGAAAAAGAGAGAAUAAUCAGAGAAGAAGCUUGGAGGCGACAAGAGAUGGAAAGGAUGAAAAGUGAUGAGGAAGCAAGAAUUCAAGAGAUGUCUCGUAACCUGACUCUUAUUUCCAUCAUCCAGAAUGUUUUGGGUCAUGAAAUUGAUCUACCUUUACCAUCAACAAUAUCAACCAUGGAAGAUAAUGGAGGCAAUAAUGUGAGUGAGGAUCAUCAUGUUCUUCAAGGAGAUGUAGAGAGUAAGAGUUGGCAAGAAGCAAAAGCACAGUCCAGUGGGGGUGAAAAUCAUCUUAGGAAAGACAUUGUGCUCGAGUUUGAUACUAACAAUAGAAGAUGGCCAGAUGAUGAAGUGCAAGCCCUCAUAAUGCUUCGAACUGCUUUGGACAAGAAGUUUCAUCUUACAGGCUCCAAAUGCUCUAUGUGGGAUGAGAUAUCCACUGGAAUGCAUGAUAUGGGCUACAACCGUAGUGCAAAGAAAUGUAAAGAGAAAUGGGAAAACAUCAACAAGUACUUCAGAAAAUCAAUGGGAAGUGUUAGGAAGCGAUUUGACAAUGGCAAGAGAUGCACAUAUUUUCAGGAAUUGAACACGCUCUAUGGUAAUGAUGAACAUGCCAGUGCAGGAAAUUCUAUGAAUCAUGCAAACAAUGACAACGAUAAGGUGGUGGAUAUUGGUUAUAAGGAUUGUGAUGAUCCAUCUGACCUUAAAGCAGAUGAUGGUAGCUAAUUUUUAGGCACCUAUUAUAUUUACAUAUUUCAUUCUUUAGUUUAAGAUUUAAUGAUUAGGCUACCCAACUUGUGUUUCUGCGCCAUUUUGCUUUUUCUAAGACAGAUUCAUGGGUUUGUUACAAAUUUUGUAAAUCGCUGAAAUACAGGAUAUUGUAGCAU